CAGUAGCAGCAGCAGCAGCAGCAGCAAUCAGGAGCAGCCUCCGCCGCUAGCGCCAGACCAGACCCUCUCAGCAUCAGGAGACAAAACUUUACGCAAAAGUUUCCCCCCUCUUUUUGGUCUUUUUAAAAUAUAUGUAUAUAGAUAUAUAUCUAUUAAGAGACUCAAAUUCAUCUUCCUUCCCCUCUUGGUGGGGCGUUUCGAAAAGGGAAGUUGGGAAUAACUGGAUGUCAGGAAGUGAAGUGAAAACUCCACGUUGUCUAUGAGAAGCUGAAGAGACAGACCAAAAGGGAUGGAUUUAUUAUUCAUAUAGACCAUCAGCAUUCUGCUUUAAAAGGAUUUUUUUUUUAAUCCAAAGAAAUCUAUAAAAAGGGAAUAAAAGGCCAAGAGUGCAAUACAAGAGUAAAUAACCAACUGCAUUCGAAGAAAGGAAGGCUGAAGGGAAAUCAAACAAAACCAAGAUAUAUUUAUUUGCUGAACCUGCAUCUCUUUUAUAUACAGUUUUCCUUGCUUAUCCAAAAUAGUAUUUAUCAGACUUUUGUCUGCCAUUGCACAGAAGUUUACAUACCCAAAAGGCCCCACUUACAAAGAAAGCGCUGCAAAACCUGUUACUUCAACAAAUAGUGGGAUUCAAAUUUAUAUCUAUAUGUGUAUAUAUAGCAAAACUUUUCCCACGAUGACUCUUCUAUCCUAUGGAUAUCGGUUUUGAGAUAACAGAUGAGGAUUGUUGGCGCCUUUUGGAAAUCGUGCUGGUGUUGUGGGCCAUGGGCUGUAUUCAGAGCAUUAGCUGCAAAUCAAAAGGUUUUCGGGAGAGUAUUACUGUCAUUGAAGUUAAGGCCUCCAUCGACCCCGUCCCUACCAACAUUGAUGAGUCGUCCAGUGUGGUUCUGAGAUACCGGACCCCGCACUUCCGGGCUUCUGCUCAGGUGUUGGUGCCUCCUCUCCCCAGGAAAGAGACCUGGAUCGUCGGCUGGAUCCAGGCCUGUAGUCACAUGGAGUUCUACAAUCACUACGGGGAACACGGAAUGUCAAGCUGGGAACUCCCAGAUCUCCUCGAGGGCAAGAUCCAAGCGAUCAGCGACUCGGAUGGGGUCAAUUACCCCUGGUAUGGGAACACCACAGAGACCUGUACCAUCGUGGGGCCCACUAAGAAGGAAGGGAAGUUCAGCGUCAGCAUGAACGAUAACUUCUACCCAAGUGUCACCUGGGCUGUCCCAGUGAGUGACAGCAACGUGGCCAAGCUCACAAGCAUCCACAGGGAUCAGAGCUUUACUACUUGGCUGGUUGCCACCAACACAGCCACCAACGAGAUGGUCAUCCUUCAGACAAUCCGGUGGCGGAUGAAGCUGGGCAUCGAUGUGACCCCCAGCAAACCUUUGGGGCACCGUGCCAAGCUGAAGGAGCCCCAUGCCCAGGAGCAGCCACAGAUCCUAAGCAAGAACGAGCCAAUACCACCUAGUGCCCUCGUGAAACCCAAUGCCAACGACGCCCAGGUACUCAUGUGGAGGCCUAAGGACGGGCGCCCUCUAGUGGUGAUACCUCCAAAGCAUCGGGCAUGAAAGAGAUGGUGCAAAACAAAAUAAAAACAAACCAUCCAACCACCCCAAAAUGCAUGAUUAAGAGUUUACCUGCAGAAAUAUUUGGCUAGUGAUUCCUUUUGAAAAUAUACAUGUUCCCUCCACCACCCAACAUAUGGGGGUAUAGCCAUAGUUACUGCCCUCCGUUUUCAGAACAGGGGUAAAACAGGAGUUGUUUACUCCUGAUGGGAAGCCAUUUCUUUUCCAAAACAGGACAGAAGUGACACACUUUUAUUGUUGCAGUUAGAAGUGGGAGUUUACCAUUGCUGCUUAAAAUUUCAACAACCAGCUAUAUAUAUAUGAGAUAUGGAUACUUGUCUUGAGAAACCACACAUUCAGAAUCUAGGGUGUGGGUGUAUUAACCUAAUCCAUCCAAACAAUUCAUAUUUGGCGGCAGUUGGCCCUAAAGCUUGUUUUUGAUCAGCCAAAUCCCUCACUCCUGUAUGAUCUGUAAUCAAGCCAAGGAAAUUAGACAGCUGCUACUUUUGAAGGUCACAGCUAUAUAGCACCAAACGAGUGUGCAAUAUGCUACUCAGAAUGCACCAGUCACUGUGCCUGCAUGAAAAUGCUUACAAUUACUUACAAAAUGCCCAGAACAAGAGUCCUGAACAUCUCAAGGCAUGGGCUGAUUCUCAGGCAAGGGUAAUAUACUCACAGAGUUAUUAAAAUAACAAAGCACCACUACAGUUCCCAGGAUCCUUUGGGGGAAGGGGAGCCACAACUGUUAAAAGUGGUAAGAGUGCUUCAGUUGCACAGUGUGGAUAAGCGCAAGCAGUGGAGGCUGGUCUGUUAGGCAAUUGGGGCACUCCCACACCAGUCAAUGCCCACUGUCACUGCGCUGCCUUCUUGCCUACAACCAGCCCAAGGGGUAGACUUGGCUGUUGGCUUCCUCCUCCUGUUGCCCUUGUAGAACUCAGCAAGGAGAUGGAUGGGGCGGGGCAUCAUAAUUAAUUGGCUCCACCUCUCAUUGGUUCUGGACUGUGGCUCUACCUACUGUAUGGGCUCACAGCCUUCUGCCCCACCAGCUCAGGCUAUGAGAAGAUGUUGCUCCAGCAAGCAUCAAACUGAGAUAGAACAGCAUCAUCUCCCUCCCUGCUGCUAGUUCUUCUCACAGUGAGCGGUGCCUUUUGAGUUAAAGGGCCACAGCACACCCCAUCAGUCUUGGUGCUGCCAACAGAGCAGGGGAGACUCUGGUCUCACUGGGGCCUCUGUGACGAGGUCUUUUAAGCCCAAGGAUGGCACCAUUAUAUCUUCAGGCUGGGGCACAGGCAUUAGUAGGUUGUCUGGCAGACAUGCUUCUUGGUCUCCUCUGUCCUUUCCCUUCUGCUUUGGAGUCCUCACCCUCAUAUCCCUGAGGACAAGGAAUCUGAUGCCAGGGUCACAGAAUCAUAGAACAGCUGGAAAGGACCCUGAGGUCCACCCCCUGCAAUGCAGGAAUUUCAACCAAAGCAUCCAUGGCAGAUGGCCAGCUAACCUCCACUUAAAAACCUCCAAGGAAGGAGAGUCCAGCGCCUCUCAUGGGAGUCUGUUCUACUGCAGAAUGGCUCUUAUUGUCAGAAAGUUCCUCCUGAUGUUUAGUCGGAAUCUCCUCAUAACUUGAAUCCAUUGGUUCGGGUCCUACCCUCCAGAGCUGGAGAAAACAAGUUUGCUCCCACUUUCAUGGGAAAGCCCUUUAGAUAUUUGAAGGUGGCUCCCUGAUAUCUCCUGAUCAUACCUCCUCUCAUCCUCCUCUUAUCUGGGCUAAACAUGCCCAACUGUUUCUCAAACGGCUUGGUUUCCAGACCCUCAGUUGUGACACUGAACAGCUUUCCCUAUGAAAGUGAUUGAGAAUACUUGGAAAUAACAGCUGCAUCUUAGUAAGCUGCCUUCUACUGAGUUGGACCAUUGAUCCAUCUAGCUCAGUACUGUCUACACUGACUGGCAGCAACUCUUCAUUGCCCCAGGCAGGGAACUUUCCCCAGCCGUCACCUGGAGAUGUCAUUGGGGAUUGAACCUGGGACCUUCUGCAUGCAAAGCACAUGCUCUGGCACUGAGCUACAGCCCUUUAAAAAAAAUUCAGAGAGGAGGCUGCUGCUUUUGUCUUGCUGAAGUGGCUUCCCAGUCCUUUCUGUUUCUAUGGGGGAUGUCAAGAAAGCAGACUCCCUCCCUGUUAAAGCCUUCUUAUUCAGCUGUUUUCCUCAACCCUGCUGCUUUAAGGGGGGAGGGGGAGGGGGAGGCGCUGUCACGGACAGGCUUGAUCCAACACAAAAUGGGUUGUGUCUGACAAUGACUGGCUGGACUGAGUUGCUGCCCUCAAGAUGAAUAGAACCACUGGUGAAGGGGUUCAGAAGGUGGGGUGUUGGGGGGUGUGGGGGUAAGAGGGUUGUGUGAGAUAUGGGAGCUGAUACUAAUGUUCAGUGCUAUCUUUCUAGAAAAAGAGGUGUCAGAACUCACCAUGAACACCUCCCUUGUUCUCAUAUAAUGGAAAUGGCGCCCAGCUGAGGUGCUGGAACUGAGUUCCAGUGAGUUCUGGCUGGG